AUGACAAAACGGUUUGUUACAUAUGAAACUAUUUUUAUCUUGGUAGUGUUUACCUGCUGUGCUGCCGUUUUGGUUGUAAAUGAUGAGGAAAGAGCAUUGGAGAGAUACUCAGGGAUUAUCAGCAAUGACAUAACAAGGAAUGGUGAUUCAGAGGCUUUGCAGAACUAUGAAGGUGAUUCGAAUAAGGACAAUCUCUUAAAACCACAGAUCAAUAACUUAAGAUAUUUGUAUGAGAUUCAGGCUUUGAAGAAUGAGUCAGCGAUGAAAAUGCGUUUUUUAACGUGUAGAUUAUCGUAUUAUCUGAGAUUAUACCGUGAUAAGCUGUUUGCAACAUUUAUUUUAGAUGGGCUUUCGCGUUUGGAUGACCUAUGCGAUCAGGAGGCAAACGAAAAUACUCGUAAUCCCAUUACUUUUAAGAAUAAUUCGAGAAUGUGUUUAAUAUCUGGUGCUACGUCGGCAACAGGGAAGCAUUUAAAGCAAAGCGUUACCAAUUUCAUCAUAAAUUUGAGGUUGGCCGUCGUUCAUACCAUUGAUUGUAGCAGAAUUCUCUUCAACUUCACCGCUCAGCUAAUGCGGAACGCUUACAAAAGGUACAAUUCAUGGACACAAACGACUGAGGAUUUAAACGAAAAAUUCGUUGAAGAGAUAGCACCUAGUUUUGAUGAGUUAUGCGAUGCAAUUGAUAAUGAGAUGGACAAGUCUGGCGAUGUUGCUAGCAGCGGACUUUUAGGGUCGAUGAGUUACCGAGAGAAGAGAUCGCACAAUGUAUGUCAGGGUAAAGACGUACAGGUGAACGAAAAUGAAUUGGAACCGUUAAGUGAAUGCUCAUCUACAAAUAUGAGAGGCUCUUGGUUGAAGUGCAGUUGUGAAGCACGCACCAGAUAUGAAAAUCAUCUAAGGCGCUGCAAUGAUUUCAGUGCAAGAUCGUUCUUCCAAUCGAUCUAUAAACACGUUCAUCGCAUGGAUUACUUUCAAAAAAUGCUCAGCCUUUAUUUCAGGACUAAAAGAACGGGUGAUUUGAGCAGGAGUGCUGCAGAAGGGACAAAUUCGUACGAUGAGGAUAUUAAAGAAAACGGCUCACCAUGUCAUAAAAGGCACGACAAAAAGCAAUGUGACCGGUGUAAAAACACUGGUGAGAAAGGUUACAGUUUUGAGGUAAUACUCAUUAUCGCAGCAAUUAUUUUUACUAUUGCAAUAGUAGCGUUUCUUAUUAUAACUGUAGUUGCUGACUGUUGCUCCAAAUACAAAUAA